AACGUCACCGAUUCGGGUUUGACUCCGGGCUUGUCAGCUAGGUUACAUUACGCCAGGUCAGGUUGUGGCGUCUAUGUGGGGGAAAUCCGCAUAGCGGGAUUGCAUGCUGUUUUAUGAAAGAAUACCUAGUAUUUUUGUCGAAUAAACUACCGGAUACAAAUCUGCUCUGAGUCCACGGAGGGAGUAAAAACAUAUACAAAUCCUGAUUCCAUUGCCGGCAGAAAGAGGGAACUUCGGCUUUUGUUUUGUUCUAAAAAAACAAGUGAAGAAGACCUUUGCAGAUCUGUCUGUUGGAUAUGAUCUGAAUUGUAACGAGGCAAAUCAUUUUGAACUAUCCAUUGUGUUUCAUGGAACUUGCCAUUGGGGGCAUCGAGCACCUCCCGCCCCUUCGCCUCUAUCCCAAAAUACUGGAGGCUAUAGCAAUAGCAGUGACGACCUGCAGCAUUGGAUGAGACACGGGAUCCAAGGUACACUUGACCACAAUAGAAACCUGUUUUGGACGAUUUCUGCUCCCCCGCAUCGUUUACCUAACUCCGUUAGAUAGGUACGCAUCAUCUCGUUUGUUCGGUUGUGCGUAAACAAAGCUCCUUGGAUAUCUUCGGCAGAUCUCAACGCCAAUCUACCGUACGGACACCGAUUCGUGGUGCGUAGUUCAAAAGCUACUGGUCGUUGGAAUAACUACAGUCAGUCAAUAAUUGAUGCUUUCCACGUCGGCUCAUUAGCUUGAAACUAGUUCCAAAUCGGCAUCGGUUCUGAAGGUAACGGCGUAUUCCCAACAUACCUGGUCCAAACCAUUUGGAGUGAAUUGAUCCAGUCCACUAAGGGGAAGCUAUCAGAGAAGUUCCGGAGAGUUGAAGCGCCGUGGCGAUGUUGGCGAGUGUUUGGAUUGUCCUCCUGGCUGUGAACAUAGAAGCUGGAGAUGGACAGAGUGUCCAGAUGGACUCCAUUAAGUCAGGCUUCGUGGGCUCCCAGGUGGAGCUGCGUUGUAUCUUCGUUAAUUCCAACCCUCCAGUCAAGAUCUCUCAGGUGACGUGGCAGAAGUUCCUGAACGGCACCAAACAGAACGUGGCCAUCGCCAACCCGUCGCUGGGGGUGUCCGUGCUCCCGCCCUUCAAGGAGAGGGUGACGUUCAAGCAGGCUGCGGUCCGCCACCGCACCCCGUCUCUGGAGGAUACCACCAUCAUGUUCUCCAACCUGAGGCUGUCUGAUGAGGCCGCAUACAUCUGCGAGUACACCACCUUCCCUGCUGGGAACCGAGAGAACAUGGUCAACCUCACCGUGUUUGCUCGACCUCAGACCCGAAUGACCUUGACCACGCCCACCAUCGUGGCCCGCCCCCAGAAGCGGAAGAUGACCGUGGCGACCUGCCUCUCGGCUAAUGGAAAGCCUCAGAGUGUGAUCAAGUGGGACACGAGGCUGAAGGGCGAAGCCACGUUCCAAGAGACGCAGAAUGCCAACGGCACGGUGACCGUUAGGAGCAACUAUGUGGUCGUGCCGAGCAGAGAGACACACAAACAGAAACUCACCUGCAUCGUAACCUACAACAACGAGAGGAUUACAGACAGUGUCGUGCUCAACGUGCAAUAUGAACCUGAGGUGAAGAUCGAGGGCUUCGAUGGUAACUGGUACCUGGACCGUCAGGAUGUCAGCCUCACCUGCAAUGCUGACGCUAACCCUCCUGUUACCGUCUACCAGUGGAAAGUGUUGAAUGGAUCUCUUCCCAGCACCGUGGAGAUUCUUAACAACUCUCUGAUCUUCAAGGGCGCGGUGACCUAUGAGCUAGCUGGGACGUACGUGUGUGCUGCCACCAAUGGGAUUGGGACUCGUACUGGUCUGGUCCAGGUUAAUGUUACUGAAUUCCCUAACAACCCACCACCUGGGGGCCCUGAGAUCCCGCAGGAGCAGCACAAUGCGGGUGCCGUCAUCGGGGGCGCCGUGGGCGGGGUCGUCCUGUUAGCGGCGGCCGCCACCCUGCUCUUUAUGUUCCUGCGCCGCCGCCAGCGCACCUUCAAGGGCGACUACAGCACCAAGAAGCAGGUGUUUGGGAACGGCUACAGCAAGGCCGGGGGCCUGCCAGCCCACCCUCCCAUCCCCAACAACCUGCAGUACCCAGACGACUCAGAUGACGAGAAGAAGCCUGCCCAGAUCGCUGUGACCGGAGGGUUCGAGGCAAGCGAGCGUGAUUUUGAUGGAGAUGCGGAGGACUUGAAGAGGCCCUAUUUCACGGUGGAUGAAGGAGAGAGCAGAGAUUACGACGAACGGACUCUUGCUUUCCAGUACGACCCCGAGACGGAGAUCGCCGACGAUAUGGUGUCCCAAACCGAUGGCUCUGUCAUUUCAAAGAAAGAGUGGUAUGUGUAGGGGACACAAACAACCAAACCAACCAACCGACCUCCCGUCUCACUCUCCUACCCUUCCCCUACCACCACCACUACCACCCCCUCACCUCCAUUAGUCAACCCCAUCCCGCCUUGCAUCUCAGACAUUCAGUCCAGUGCCCCUCCAAACCCCCAACCCCAUCAGAACCCAGUCAAUUAAAACCAUGUUUUAAAAAAUGCACUAUCAAGUCCUAAGGAGCAUGCAACAACAUCAAAAUGUCAACAACAACAACACAUCAAAAUGUCAACAACACAUCAACAACUACAUUGCAUCAACAUGUCAACAACAAC